CAGGAGUGAUGGCUCUUCUUGGAAACGUGUGAAAAAUAGACCGGUCCCAGUUCAGAAGACAGGGACGCAGGCAGAAAUGGCCCACACAUGUCGCGGGACCAUCAACCUGUCCACGGCUCAUAUCGAUACGGAGGACUCUUGUAACAUCGUGCUUUCCAACGGGGGAAGGACGUACCACUUAAAGGCGAACUCGGAAGUGGAGAGGCAGCGCUGGGUCACGGCCCUGGAGCUGGCCAAAGCGAAAGCCAUCCGCAUGAGGAACAACCAGUCAGAUGACUCGGGCGACGAGGAGCCCGCCUCGCAGUCAGACAAGAGCGAGCUGCACGGCACGUUGAAAACCCUCUCGAGUAAGCUGGAGGAUCUGAGCACUUGCAAUGACCUGAUCGCGAAGCACGGGGCGGCCCUGCAGCGCUCGCUCAGCGAGCUGGAGAACCUGAAGCUGCCGGCCGAGAGCGGCGAG